AUGUCGUCUAAAAGACAUAUUAUGUUAUCCUAUCAAUGGGAUAAUCAAAAACUUGUAACAGAGGUUUAUCAUCGUCUUAGUGCAAAAAAUAUUCCAUUAUGGAUGGAUAUACACGGUGGAAUGAAAGGUCAUUUAAGUGAAAGUAUGGCAGCAGGAGUAGAAAAUGCAGCAGCUAUAUGUUGUUUUUUAACACCAAAAUAUCAAGAUAGUGUUGCAUGUAAAAAUGAAUUAACUUAUGCAAAAGAACAAGAUGUAUGUAUUAUUCCAAUACGUUUAGUAGCAACUUGGAAACCAACAGGUUGGUUAGGUUUUACUAUAACCGGACAUAAAUGGAUUGAUUUUCGUGAUAUUGAUACAAAUAUGGAUUUAAGAAUUCAACAGUUAAUUGCUGAAAUUCAAAUGUUAGUUGGAAAUAAACUCGAUUGUUUUCAAGGUAUGAAACAAUGGAAUUUUAUUCAUGAUGAAGACAAAAAAGAAGAAGAGCAUAAUGAAGAACAUUCUCUUUCCAUAAGUGAAUAUGAAAGCAAAAAGAAAAAAACAAAUUAUUGUCAUUUUGCUUAA